AUGGAAGAGGCACUUCACUGGUCCGAUUACUUCGUAUUUGCGCUCUUUCUGUUCGUUUACACCCUGGUUGGUCUUUACUUCCGAUGGUCAACGCAGAUCAAUAACCUCUUUAAUCGAUGCCUGGGACGACCAAUCAAAGAGGUGAAGCCGCAGACCGCAGAUGAGAUUUUUCUGGCCAAUCGCAAGCUGGGCGUGCUGCCAAUUAUGGCCAGUACAGUGGCCAGUUUUCUCUCAGCAGCAAGCAUGUUGGGAAACCAUUUGGAAGUCUAUCUCUACGGACUCUCAUUGUCGUGUAACUUGCUUGCCCAAUGUGCUCUUCAUCCCUUGGUUUCCGAACUCUACAUGCCUGUUCUUUACAAUCUGAAAUUAUACAGCAUUAACCAGUACUUUGAGUUGCGGUUCGGUGUGGUUGCCAAGAUUAUGGCCACCAUUACAUUUAUUGUACAGAUGGUGAGUUGA